AUGGGCGUCACCACUGGCCUCACGGGCGGCGUCACGCUGACCCUGGGCCUCGCCUACCUCGCCGUACAGACGCACCAGCGCACGCGCGAGCACCAGUCGCAGCUCCUGCGUUCCCAGGCCCGCGUCCUCGACUCGUUCCUCGAGCCCGUCGUCCCCGCGCCGCCGCCGACCCGCCACGAGAUCGAGGCCGCCAAGCGUGCCAACCUCGUCGACACGGCCAAGGACCGCUGGAACGCAGAGGUCGAGGGCGCCGUCCACUACCUGCAGCGCACCGACUGGGACGACGUCCGCGUGGGCCUCGAGGACGCCGCCUCGCGCGCCUGGCGCUCGGUCUUUGGCGACCCAGAACCCCAGAUGGACGAGGCCAAGCGUCGGGCUGCCGCCGGCGGCCGCGAGCUCGCGCGAGAGGGCCAGGAGAUUGCGCGCGAGGCCAAGGGGGCCUGGGAGCGUGCGCGCGAGAAGACGGCCGCCGCCGGUGAGGCGAGGGCCGAGGAGGCCAGGGUUGCUGCUGAGCAGGCACGCGUCGCUGCCGAGAGGCGGGCUGCCGAGCUCAAGGCUGUCGCGGACCGCAAGGCUGUCGAGUCCAAGGGCAAGGCUGAGCAUGUCUUCGAGGCUGGCAAGAGGGAGGCCGGCCGACUGGUCGACAAGGUGAAGGAGGUUGUGGGCAUGGCCGACGACAAGGCCGAGGAGGCCGCCAAGGCCAUCAAGACGGAUGCCGUGAACCUCGUCGAGACGGGCACGUCGACGCCUGUCGAGAGGGCGCUGCGGGAGAGGUACGAGACGAAGGCGCCUCUGACGAAGAGCGUGGCCGACGUUCUCGCCGACCGCUAUCUGCCAACGGACGCCAAGGACUAUUCGCACCUGCGGGGUCUCUGA